CAGAAGAUGACGGGCAGUUUUCGUCGAUUUAAAAGUUGUACGACGAGUAUCAGCCAGCCCAUGGGUUGGUCACAGAAAAGCAAGAAACAGCUUGUCCUGGACAUCGGAGAGGCAGGUUUCAUACUGAAGGAAUGGGAGACAGACAGGCACACGUACAGCGACUUCAAGAAACUCCACCCGCCUGAAAUCCCACUCAACACGCCAGGCACGGCUGGUAAUAUCUACUCCCUCUGCCAGCGAGGUUCAGUCUCUUUAGCCGUAGCCAUCGGCAUGAACCACAAGCGGGCCCAUACGGUCAUCUCCUCCCUCCAGGCCUACCCCACCUGGCUCCCUCUAACCCUCUUCAUUUACGGGGACUUCAUGGAGCAGUUCCAGGACACCGUCAUGGCCUUGGCCCGGUGAUACAGGCUCGCGAUCCAAGAGGACGGUGACUACCCCCAGGCCUACCUAGAGACGAUGCUCAAGAAUCUCAUCCGCUGUAGUCUUGUCAGUUCCCUGAUGCAUCUGCGAGAGCUGGACCUGAAAACGGCCCUCUACUGGCCGGCAGUCAACGGCAGCAGCUUGUCAAGGUUUAAACCGCUAGCCAAGGCAUGAGGGCCGAGGCUUAUCCAGCCUACAGUUGAAUUUCCUGGCAAAUUGAGUAUAUUCCACCAUCCCUCAAGUCCACCGCACACCAGAGCUAUGUGUUGAGCCAAAAAAAAUUAAUAACUUGCCAAUGACAGCACAUUAUUCUUGUUUGUCGGUCGCAUGAUUUCAAAAAUGGGCAAAAAAGCCAACAGGCUUUAGAAGAAUUGCACAACAAUAUCAUAGAAUCAUGUGUACAGAGUACAUGAUUUCAAAUCAUUUGGCUCAGCACGUGGCUUUGGUUGCCUGACUUUUUCGCCUUGCGAGGCAAAAAACAACAACCUGAAACAGGAUAGAUAUUUGCCUCACGGAAAAAACAAAUCAAUUGCAACUGUCAAAUUUAAACUUUCAAACCAAGGAUAGAAAAUGCUUUUUUUGCUGCUAAGACUGUCCAAAGAAAAUAUUCCAAAACAUAUUUCAACAAACACUGCUACUGUCGUAAAGAUACAUGCACACAGUAAUGUACAAAAUAUGGCCGAACUUGAGUUAUUGCCUACACCUUCGGCAUACCUUGCAAUAAUGUAAAACAUUUUCUAACCUUGGUUGGAAAGUUUAAAUUUGACAGUUGCAGUUGAUUUUUUUUAAAACUCUUUCAGUGCCCACGACAUUAUCAAAGUUUAACCCUAAAGUGCCCAACUUCAAGCUUUUUUUUUAAUUAUUCAAAAUUCUAUAAAAAAAAAGAGUAAAUAAGUUGUAAUCACCAAACUUGUUGUAUCUUGCUCUCUGGUAUAUUCUUGUUACCUUCAAAAGUCAAUAUUAGUCAUGCACCUAGUAAUACACCCUGAAACACUCUCCUGAACACAGGGGAAUUCCGCACUUUUGCAGAAUAUACGUGUGUCGCGUCUGAUACCCCUCCUCAUACAAACUCUGUUCAUUAUAAUAAAUAUUGUCAUGAUUGUCACUUUAGCACCAUCAUUAUCAUUUGUAUUGGUAUCCCAAUGUUCGUCUUCUGACUCACCAUCCACUUCUGAAAUAUCCAUGGAUUACUCUGAAUCAGAAAAGUAUUCCCUUACCCUGUCCAAAUCGGCGAAAAAAUACACUGAUUUUCUCUGGAGAUAACACGCGAGCUCGGUUUAUGGGCGCCACCAUUUUGUCAACAAAUCGAAACUUAGUGUGACGCCAUCUCACAAGAACUCGAAUAUAAAAAUAAAUACAGGUCAUACAUGCAUGAAAAUGGUACCAUUAGAAAGAGCGAGAGUGCCCCCUUUUGAU